AUGGAGACCUUGGAAACAGUGGAAUUGGUAGAAGGAAAUGCGGACAAGACGACCAAGAUAGGGACGACGCUAAGCCCCGAGAUGAGAACAAGACUCAUAAAGUUCCUUAAAGAGAAUCUAGAUGUCUUUGCAUGGAGUCACAAGGACAUGCCGGGCAUAUCUCCAGAAGUCAUCCAGCAUAGGCUGAAUGUGGACCCCAGCAGGAAGCCCGUUCAGCAACGACGAAGAACCUUCGCCCCAGAGCGAGAUCAGGCAGUUGUAGAGGAAGUAACCAAACUCUUGACGGCUGGAUUCAUCCGGGAAGUAUAUUAUCCUGAAUGGCUCGCCAACGUCGUCCUGGCUUUUGCUUGGACCGACGAGUGCGAAGCGGCAUUCCAAGAGCUGAAGCAAUACCUGAGUAGUCCACCUCUCCUAAGCUCGUCCAAAGAAGGAGAAAACCUAUACCUGUACCUGGCGGUGUCAGCCUCGGCAGUAAGUGCAGCUUUGAUUAGAGAAGAGGGCAAGAAGCAACUCCCGGUUUACUACGUCAGCCAAGCUUUCCAAGGGGCUGAGUCCAGAUACCCAAGGAUCGAAAAGAUUGCGUUUGCACUAAUAGUGGCCUCGCGCAAGCUCAGGCAAUAUUUCCAGUCAAAUCCUAUUCUCGUAAUGAUGGACGAACCAAUCAAGAAGUCAAUGAGCAAGCCAGAAGCAGCAGGGAGAAUGGUCCAGUGGGCAAUUGAACUUAGUCAAUUUGACAUCGAGUACCAUCCAAGAACAGCGAUCAAGGCACAAGCUCUGGCGGACUUCAUCGCAGAAUUUAAGUUCCCUGACGAAGACAGGAUUACCGACGAAGCAGAUAAACUAAUAAUACAGACUGAUGGUUCGUCAGCCCAAAAGAAGGGGGGAGUAGGGGCCAUCAUAACCACCCCCGACGGAGAAGUGCUGAAAUAUGGGGUCCAACUAAAGUUCCCAGCCACCAACAACGAAACUGAAUACGAAGGAAUACUGACGGGAUUGAGACUUGGGAAAGCUCUUGGUGCCAAAAAUUUGUUGAUCCAAAGUGAUUCAAAGCUAGUGAUUGGACAGAUCAAGGGAGAAUACGAGGCAAAAGAAGAAAGGAUGCAGAAAUACCUCAAGUUGGCAAGACAACUAGCUCAGGAAUUCGAUUCAGUGGAGUUCGUACAAAUCCCAAGAAGUCAGAAUAUGGGGGCUAACGAAGUGUCAAAGCUAGCGUCAUUAAAAGAAGAAGGGACUAGCACGGACCUGGCGAUGGAAGUCCAAAAACACCCUAGUAUCGAGGAAGUUGCAACAUUCACCAUCCAGAGCACUGAUACCUGGAUGACGCCCAUAAUGUCCUUCCUCCAGGACGGGCACCUACCUCAAAAUACUGAAGAGGCCAGAAAGAUCAAGAAGAGGGUAGCCAGAUUCACGAUCCUGAAUGACAUCUUGUACAAGAGAGGCUUCUCUAUGCCCUACUUGAAGUGCGUCGAUGAGGAAGAGGCCAAAUACAUCUUGGAGGAAGUACACGGAGGAAUUUGUGGCGACCAUGCCGGCUCCAGAUCCCUAGUAAACAAAGUGGUAAGGGAAGGAUAUUUUUGGCCAACCAUGCAGGUGGACGCUGCUGAGAUCGUCAGGAGGUGCGACAAAUGCCAACGAUACGGGAAUGUGCAGCGGCUUCCAGCAGAGAAAAUGACGACCAUAGCUUCCCCAUGGCCAUUUGCACAAUGGGGAAUCGAUAUCGUCGGUCCUCUGCCCCAAGAGGCCCUAGCAAUGAUCACUGAGGCUCGGAUCCAGAACUUUGUGUGGAAGAACAUAAUCUGCAGGUUCGGGAUUCCCUCGACGAUCAUAUCACACAAUGGAAGGCAGUUCGAUAGUCAAGGCUUCAGGGAAUUCUGCUCAAACCUUGGGAUCAAGAAUCAGUUCUCAUCCCCAGGGCAUCCUCAGGCAAACGGGCAGACGAAAGUGACGAACCGGACGCUGCUCAAGAUCAUCAAGACCAGACUGGACGAUGCAAAAGGUGCCUGGCCAGAAGAACUACCAAAUGUCCUGUGGGCUUACAGAACCACCGCCAGAACCCCAACAAGAGAAACCCCCUUCAGGCUUACCUAUGGUACAGAAGCAGUAAUCCCAGUCGAAGUAGGGGUCACAAGCAUCAGGCGUGGAACUUUCAACAAAGAGAUCAAUGACGACGAACUAUGA